GUGAGUAACGCAUUAUGCACCUUAUUUCUGCCCCAAUCACAACCACCAAAUAAAACCCAUUUUCCCCCAAAUUCCCUCUAACAAAUCUUUAUUUACCAUGAAUCCUAUCACACUCUCCACCACCCUCUUCCUCCUCCUCGUUACGGCCAUCAACGCCACUACAUUCUCCACCGACAUAUUGGCCCUCAAAUCAAUCAAAUCCGGCAUCAACCCCACCACCAUUCCACCCUACUCCUGCCUAGCCUCAUGGAACUUCACCUCUGACCCAUGCUCCAACCCCCACUUCACCCACUUCCUCUGCGGCCUCUCCUGCUCUAACAACCGAGUCACCCAACUCACUUUCGACCGAGCCGGCUACUCCGGAACUCUCUCCCCACUCGUCUCCCAACUCACCCAACUCAUCACUAUCGAUCUCUCCGAUAACAAGCUCUCCGGCCCAAUCCCCAUUUCUCUUUUUUCCCUCCCAAAUCUCCGGACACUUAACCUCCGAUCCAAUUCCUUCUCCGGAACCAUCCCACCUGCUCUUUCCGGAUUAAAAACAAUCGAAACGUUGGACAUUUCGCAUAAUUUGUUAACCGGGGCAUUGCCUGACUCACUGAGUCAACUCGGUUUGACUCGGCUUGAUCUGAGCUUUAAUAAAAUUAAGGGACUCAUCCCGAAACUGCCACGAAACUUAAUUGAGCUUGCGUUGAGAUCUAAUUUACUAUCUGGGUAUUUACAAUCGGCUUCAUUUACUGAGUUGACUCAGCUGGAAGUUGUGGAACUCGGUGACAACUCGCUGACUGGAACUAUUCCUGGAUGGUUUUUUCUCUUGCCAUCACUCCAGCAAGUCAAUAUCGCAAAUAACAAAUUCACAGGUAUCGAGAUUUUAAAACCCGUCAACAGCAACCUCAUCGCGGUGGAUGCUGGAUACAACAAAAUCACGGGAUACUUAUCCGCAAACUUCUCGAACUACCCUAUGUUGUCUUCGCUAACACUCCGAUACAACAAGCUACAUGGACCGAUCCCCACGGAGUACAGUACAUUGAAGCGGCUGUUUCUUGACGGAAAUUACUUAAACGGGAUGCCGCCGAAGGAGUUCUUCAGCGGAAAAUCAUCUGUGUCCGGCAGCUUAGGGGACAAUUGCCUGAAGAGUUGUCCGGUAUCUUCGGAGCUUUGUUUGAAGUCUCAAAAGUCAUUGGCUAUCUGCCAGCAAGCAUAUGGUGGGAAAGUGAAGCAAAAGUCAUAGUGUCAGCCCAUGUUUUCCGACACUACUUUUAGUUUUUUAACUUUUUGGUCAUAACUUUAGUUAUGUUCGAAUCUAUUAAUUGUAUUCAUAAAUACUUAGGUUAGAUUAUUAAAUAAUGAAUAAUAGAGGUCAUGGUUAGGUCAUCAA